GGGGCUCGGUCCUGCAGGGAACGCAGCCUUCUGGAGACCGGCUGAAGGUUGCUCUUCUGCCGUUGCCUUGCGGGGGUCUCUCCGGAAAGGAACGGAGCGGAGCGCAAAGGGCCGUCCGUGUGUGCGCCUGGGUGCUGCAGCCCCUGGGUAACGCAGGGCAUCAACUCCGUUUAUUGCCUGCCGGACCCUUUCCCGCUUGUAUCUAUGAUUUGUUCCUCUCCUUUCAAUGGAGAGUGACUGUAUAGAUCAAUAAUGAGGACCAGCCCUCGCAGGCCCUUAAUUCUCAAAAGACGGAAACUGACCCUCCCACAGAAGGAUGCAUCCAGUACUUCAACAAGAGAUGAGAACAGUGGACAGGAUGGAAAGACUCCUAAGCAGGAGCACAGCCAGGAGGACCAACACAACAGCCAACCCAGAGACAAAAUGGACUGUGGCCUGCAGAAAUUCCCAGCAGGAAUAAAGAUAAUUGACCAUCCCACCAUGCCCAACACACAAGUGGUGGCCAUCCCUACGAAUGCUGAUAUCCAGAGCAUCAUAGAGGCACUGACAGCAAAAGGAAAAGAAUGUGGCAACAAUGGGCCCAACAAGUUCAUUCUCAUUAGCAGUGGGGGCACGUCCCGUUCAGCAGGUCCAACACCAUCACAGCAUCUCCCAUCAGAGAAGAAACGCUGUGCGGCAACCAAGGCUGCAGAUAGUCAAGAGAGAGAGAAGAAUGUUACACAGACACCUGGUCUUGCAGGGGGGACAACGCUCUGGCAUUCAGGAACUGAUUCUGCGGUUGGACAGGAACAGGAGAGCAACAGCAGUGGCGAGACAAUGAGCUCUGUGUUGGACAAUAGUCUAACUAACAUCCAGUGGCUGGGGAAGAUGAGAUCUGAUGGGCUAAGUCCCUGUUCUGUGAAGAAAGACAUGGAGAAAGAAAACCAGAUGCCUCUGCAGGAAAGAAUUAAGACUGAAGAAGAUUCUGCUGCUGCUGCUAUUCCUACCGCUGCCGCCGCCUCCUCAUGGCAGGAUUCAGUAUCAGAACGACCUCCUUACUCCUACAUGGCUAUGAUCCAGUUUGCCAUCAACAGCACUGAGAAGAAGCGUAUGACUCUGAAGGACAUCUACACCUGGAUUGAAGAUCAUUUCCCGUAUUUUAAACACGUGGCUAAGCCAGGUUGGAAGAACUCCAUUCGGCACAACCUGUCCCUUCAUGAUAUGUUUGUCCGUGAGACCUCUGCUAAUGGUAAAAUCUCAUUCUGGACUAUUCACCCUGAUGCAAACCGUUGCCUAACUUUGGACCAGGUAUUUAAGCCGCUGGACUUGGGGUCACCAACAUCGCCUGAGCACUCUGAAUCACACCAAAAGAAACAUCUUCCAGAUCCCCAGAAGAACACGGGAAGCAAUGGCAGCAGCAAAACUGAACCCCAGAAUGCACGCCGAAAGAUGAAGCCUUUGCUUCCUCGCAUCAACUCCUACCUGGUUCCAAUCCAGUUUCCUUUGAGUCAGCCUCUUGUCUUGCAGCCUUCUAUGAAGGUUCCUCUCUCCACGGCACAAGGAGGAUCCCUCAACAGCUCAGAGACUUUCCGGAGCAAUAAGCGUGUGCGCAUUGCUCCAAAGACGUCACUCUCUACAGAAGAGUCAUCCUCUUUACCCAUGGCUGCUGUUAAGGAGGAGAGUCAAUGUGAUGAAGGUUUAUUUUCCCCAACCCAUUCCCUAAAGGAGAGCAGCUCUCUGCCUGGUGAGGAAUCAGCUUCUUUCCCUGAGAGUGUCUGUAUAAAGGAGGAAGAAGGCUCUCAACUGGAUGACUGGCUGUCCCCAUUUGCCUCAACCCUAAUGGUAAAGGAGGAGCCAGGCUUGUUCCAACCUGUCUCAUCCACAAAGGAGAAGAAACAAUUCACCACACUGAAGUCUCCACCUAAGGGUGCUUCUGACACGCUAGUUAUAAAGAGGCGGGAGAGGCGGGAAAUGGGCAGAUCCAGAAGGAAACAACGCCUAGCACUGCCUCGCUCAGAAGAGCCUGUCCUUGUUUUGCCAGAAAGCAACGGCUUUGACCCUUUCCGGUUAGGGGCAGACCGUCCCUUCCUCCAGGAAGGCCAGCCUCUUGAGAAUGUAUCACAGCUCAGCUGCUCGCAGGGGGAAGAGGGGCCCUUUAAAACACCCGUCAAGGACAUGUUCAGCAAAUUGCCUGUUUCUUCUACUCCCAGCAAGGUCUCAGCAACGACUACCCCCCCACUAGGGGCCCUUGACCCCUGGAAGUCUGCAUCGUUAGCCAAGGGAAGUCACGAGCUGGACUUCAGUCCAGUGAGAACCCUUCAGUUGCCAUUCACACCCUUCCAGGAGAACCAGGACUUGCUGGGUUUUAACAGCACACCCUUUAAAAAUCCCCUUUUUGAGUCCCCUCGGGAACUGCUCAAUACAGAAUCCAGUGACAUGGUGCAUGCCCCCCUCACAAGCUCUCCAGCUUUUAUUCAUGAGUCUACUAAGCAAUCAUCUGUUGAACUGCCAGCCUCUGGCUUUACUGAAAACCGAUCACUCAUGGAGGGCCUUAUCCUGGACACCAUGAAUGACAGUCUGAGCAAAAUCCUUCUAGAUAUCAGCUUUCCUGGUCUUGAGGAUGAAAACUUAGGAACGGACAUUAGUUGGUCUCAGCUGAUACCUGAACUGAAGUAAACUGGCCUGAGGACUGAAUUUGGCUUGUUGUGAUAUUACAGAAAGCACUCUACUCUUCUGAGAUCUGUUCACGUAGUCUAAGGAGACUGUCUACUUUUGACUAAUUCCCACAUCUAUGGAAACAGAGGGCAUUAUUGACUCCUGCUAAGCUGGGAGGAAGGCCCAUUGGCUGCUAUGAGCUCCCUUUAUAAGCUGCAAUAGACUUUCUGUGGCACAAGAUGAUAGAACCUUUCUAACCUUGUGCUAGAGACGAGAGUCUCUGGAGAGAGGUUAUCAAGAAAACAUCUAGGUAGGCCUUGAAUGGCAUUUGCUACUCAAGGUGUCAGAGGAAAUGGAUGCACUCCUCAGUUAUGUACAAGAGGAAAGAGCCUAGGAACCUCCUCCUAGCUCUGUCCUUACUUCCCUUUACUUUGUUCUCCUAUUACUUAGUAUAUUCUGUGUAGUUUUAAUGGCUGUAAAUACUGUACAUUCCUUAAAUUAGCUCUUAAUAAUAAUAAUAAUAAUUUUAUUCUUGUAGGGUUAUGGGAAUAUUUGGGCUGGUAAAGGGUUUGGCUUAGUGUUGUCCAUAAGUUCCACAUCUCCUGUAUUCUUCUACCCUAGGUGGGAGCCCAAAAUACUUUUCUUUCCUUCUUUGACUUCAGAAACACAUUGGUCUAGGCUGUUCUGAAGGUUGCUGGGGCAAACAUCUGAAAAAUCACCUCUGUGUGACUCAAGUCAAACUGAAAUAGGUUAUCUGGAUUGCAGCAUAAAAUCUUGGUUUGGCUUCCUUUUCCCAGGCUGAAAUGGAGAUCAAGCUGUAUAGCUCUUCUGCUUCCGCAGUCCUAUUAUUUUGUACCUAGAGGACUAGAUAGAGUCACUAUUGCAGUAAGAUGGACUUCUAUUGAAUGGUUAAAGCUGCCUUCAUUACAAACAUCAGUUGAAAAUGUAAAAAAGAACCUAUAAAGCGAAUGCUGAUAUUUCCACUGAAAAGUGACCUCUGGAAACACAAGGUAUGUUUCUCUUGGUGCAAUAGGACAACUCAUCCCAGUUGUAUAGAACUCCUGUCAAAAGAGGAAAUUGCCAUGGAAAAGACCUGAUCCUUCUGCUAACGGACAAAUGGUGGCGCACGUAUCUACAUACUCAAUAAAGCUUCUGUGGGAACACA